CGCCCAUCAGGCGACGCCCCGCCCACACUGGACUCAGCUAGUCGCUGGGGACGCGCCGCUCGCUGCACUGUCACCUGUAUGUGGACAUGAACGCACGUCUUCCUCUUCUUCCUCUUUUCUCUCCGCGCGUGUAGCCGCUCAUGGAGUGUGACGGGGCACCGGGCGUCGCGUCCGUCAAGCGUCAGGCGGUGAAGCGGCACCAUCACAAACACAACCUCAAACACCGGUACGAGUUCCUGCAGACGCUCGGGAAAGGCACGUACGGUCGCGUGAAGAAAGCCACGGACCGUUCCGGGAGAACGGUGGCUAUAAAGUCGAUCCGUAAGGAGAAGAUCCGAGACGAGCAGGAUCUGAUCCACAUCCGGCGCGAGAUCGAGAUCAUGUCGUCUCUCAGUCAUCCUCACAUCAUCAGCAUCCAUGAAGUGUUUGAGAAUAAGGAUAAGAUCGUGAUCGUGAUGGAGUACGCCAGUAAAGGAGAUCUGUACGACUACAUCUGGGACAAGCAGCACGUCCCUGAGAGCCAGGCCAGACACUUCUUCAGACAGAUCGUCUCUGCUGUACAUUACUGCCACCGGAACGGGAUUGUUCAUCGUGACCUGAAGUUGGAGAACAUCUUGCUGGACGAUAACUGCAAUAUAAAAAUCGCUGACUUCGGGUUGUCAAACCUGUACCAGGGUGAUAAAUUCCUGCAGACGUACUGCGGCAGUCCCCUGUACGCUUCGCCUGAGAUUGUGAACGGCAGACCGUACAGAGGACCGGAGGUGGACAGCUGGUCUCUGGGCGUCUUGCUGUACACCCUGGUCCAUGGAGCCAUGCCUUUUGACGGACAAGACCACAAGAACUUGGUCCAGCAGAUCAGCACCGGAAACUACCGCAAACCCACCAAACCAUCUGAUGCGUGUGGUUUGAUCCGCUGGAUGUUGAUGGUAAACCCAGAGCGUAGAGCUACGUUGGAGGAGAUUGCAGGUCACUGGUGGCUCAACUGGGGUUAUCAGCUCCCUCUACUGGCUCAGAGCGACUCUGCAGCUGCGCAUCAGGAGCCAGGACAUGCGGCCGCUGCGUGUCAAACCGGUGGCCCGACUCGUAUCGCAGACUGGCUACGCCGCACAUCUCGUCCUCUUCUGGAGAGCAGCUCUAAGAUGCGCUGCCUGUUGCGGACAGGUGGGGCCACCGGAGGAGAACCGGUCCAGCGACAACGCUCCAUACGCAGGUCGCGCAAAGAAAACAACGUCUCGCAGACCAUGCAGGAAGCUCCUCGCCCAUCUAAAGGGAUUCUAAAGAAGCGGGGGAGUCUUAAACAGAAAGUGCCCAGUGACUCGCAGGCUACACCCUUGGAGGAGAAGAGCCAGAAUGCUUUGGCCCCGUCUGUCCUUCCUCCACCUCCUAAAGGCAUCCUGAAGAAGCCUUCGGAAGGCGAGUCAGGCUAUUAUUCCUCUUCUCCGGAGAGCUCCGAACAGACUCUUGGGAACCCGUCACCGGUGCCGCACCGCAAGGGGAUCCUCAAACGGCACGGCAAGUUUUCCAGCGGCCUGGAGGAAUUCGGCUCGCUGGACCAGCUUGCACCUUCCUCACCCACCGUGGUCAACAGAUCCAGACCGAGAGGCGCGAUCAGCGAAGAUAGCAUCCUCUCCUCGGAGUCCUUCGACAGACUUGACCUACCUGACCGCGAGAUUCCAGUCGCCCCAAUGGAGCGACCAGCAGGUGGACGGAGGAUGCGAGGAUGCGUGUCCGCUGACAAUCUCCUAAACUUGAGGGAAGAGUCUCAGUACCAGGGACACUGGGAAAUGGACAUGGCCUGCUACCGCGCAGGAGUGUCCGAUAGCGUGUUUUCAAUUUCUGACUGUGAAAACAUCACUCAGAUUUACAAACAAGCCUUGGGAGCAACUGCUAGCUGAAAUGCACAGGGACUGUGAUGUUCAGAAUCUGUCAGAGGUUAUGCAACUCCAGUUGUGCUUGGAAAAAGAAACAGGUUGGUAGCAAGGAAUGUACUUGGAAAUGUUCUGGAGCAAUGCCAUGGUUUAGAGGACAGGAUGUCCUUUGCGGUAGACUCGUUUAGGACUUGCAUUUAAUUCUGGAACCGGGGAUUGUGUUGCAUUUGCAACAUGCAAAACGGUAGACUUGGUUUGAGAAUAGUGCCUUGUAUGUCAUCAGCUGCCAAUGAUAAACAACUGAUUAGUUAUUCUUUGAAAUGUUUGUGGUUUUUAAAUGACUGUUUAGGGUGUUGGCUAAUGAAAAAUUCCAAAGAUGACUCAUGAUAAAGUUGUGAAUUAAGUUUCAAAGGUGAAUACCGGUGGUAGACUGCAGAAAUAUCCAAGAACACAUGAGCGAUACUGCAGUGCAUAGACUAACUUUACAGCGUGCCAUUAUCUGCUCAGAGUUCACAGGUGUCAUGAAUACAAAACUACUGUCUGUUUAUGACUUUAUGUAGUGCAGACUUUAGCUUUGCAUCUGUGUCAGAGUAAGAACAUUUGAAUCGUGCAGAUAAGAAGUGUUUAUUAGGAUAGUAAAAUACACUGUGACCUUUGAGAGCAAACUAAAAGUUCUCCUCAAAUUGAGAAAUAUGUUGAAAAGGUGCGAUCUACUGUUUUUGCCAUCUGGAUGUGAAAAAGUGUGUGCUUAAUACUAUGGGAAGGAAUGUUAUUUCAGUGUCAUAACGGGGUGUUUGGGCUUGAUCCGUAAAUCUAACGUCUUCAUACAGUAUUUGUGAGUCCAGUAGAGCAGCAGUCUGUAGGGCUGCUCGAGUUUCAUGGCUUGAGAUAACCCGGGGUAAUGAGGUGUUUUUCUUCUGUUUGGUGUCAUAUUUUGUUCAAGUUCAUGCAUGUUUAUUUGCCAAAGUGCCUGAUUUAUCUGCUCUGAUGUCUCUUUGAAUCAGUGGAACAAUAAAACAGCACAACUGAAGUGGAAAAUGC